CAUGAUCUUCUGCCGGUUUCACUCUAACUCCUAAGGCCUAAACGUUGGCAAACGCUGCUCUGCGCUGCUCAGAGCUUAGAAGUUAGCACUUGGAAAUUAUCUUAAUGUUGUUGAAUGUUUUGACUGGUUAUGAAUUAUGAUAACAAAUAGAAACUGUUAAUAAUUUAUAACAAUCAUCAGUUGUGACAAAUUAACAAAAAAAGAUAAUGUCAUUGGCUGACGAAUUACUUGCCGAUUUGGAAGAAAACGACGAUGGAGAUAGAUUUAUGGAUGAAGAGGAACCGGAUUUUGUUCCGGCUCCAAUUGCUCAGCCCAUGGAACAAGGAAUUAUCAAAGUAACAUCUGUUAGAGAACUGGCAAAACUUGGUGAUUCUCCUGAGCUCCAACAAAUAUCAUCACUCAUUGACAGAUACAGCAAAGUCUUGAGAAAAUCAUCAGAUAUUGUUGGCCCAGUUGAAUCUGAUCCCGAAUAUCAAUUAAUUGUUGAGGCAAACGACAUAGCAGUUCACAUCGAUGAUGAGCUCCAAAUUGUUCACCGUUUUGUUCGUGAUAAAUAUUCAAAAAGAUUCCCUGAACUCGAAUCACUUGUCGUUGGGCCAUUGGAGUACGUUCAAACUGUUCGUGAGCUUGGUAACGAUUUGGACAAAGCAAAAAACAAUGAAACUCUUCAAAAAUUUUUAACACAAGCAACGAUAAUGGUUGUCUCAGUCACAGCAUCAACAACUCAAGGACAGUUAUUAACAAACGAUGAAAAAGAAGCAAUAUGCGAAGCUUGUGACAUGGCAGUUAAUUUAAAUAACACAAAAUUAAAAAUAUAUGAUUAUGUUGAGAGUAGAAUGGCAUUUAUUGCACCUAAUUUAUCAAUAAUUGUUGGUGCAUCAACAGCAGCUAAAAUAAUGGGCGUAGCUGGUGGAUUAACAAAAUUAUCAAAAAUGCCAGCCUGUAAUUUACUCGUUCUUGGUUCACAAAAAACAUUAUUAUCUGGCUUUUCACAAACAGCAACUCUACCACAUACUGGAUUUAUUUAUUAUUCAGACAUUGUUCAAGAUACUCCACCCGAUAUGAGAAGAAAAGCAGCUAGACUUGUUGCUGCUAAAAGUAUGCUUGCUGCUCGUAUAGAUGCCUGUCAUGAAAGUACUGAUGGACAAAUUGGUCAAUCACUUAAAGAUGAAAUUGAAAAAAAACUUGAUAAAUUACAGGAACCACCACCUGUUAAAUUCAUCAAACCACUACCAAAACCAAUUGAUCCUGGCAGGAAAAAGAGAGGUGGUAAAAGAGUUAGAAAAAUGAAAGAACGCUAUGCUAUUACGGAGUUUAGAAAACAUGCGAACCGCAUGAAUUUUGCUGAUAUUGAGAGUGAUGCUUAUCAAGAAGAUUUAGGAUAUACACGGGGUACAAUUGGUAAAGCUGGAACUGGAAGAAUACGUUUACCUCAAAUUGAUGAAAAAACAAAAGUUCGUAUAUCAAAAACAUUACAAAAAAAUUUACAAAAACAACAACAAUGGGGUGGUAGUACAACAGUUAAAAAACAUGUAUCUGGUACAGCAUCAAGUGUUGCAUUUACACCAUUACAAGGAUUGGAAAUUGUUAAUCCUCAAGCUGCUGAAAAGAAGGUCAAUGAGGCCAAUGCUAAAUAUUUUUCAAAUACUGCUGGUUUUAUAAACGUCAAAAAUACAUAAAACAUCUACUUGACACACAAUAAAGCUGUAUUAAUAUACUCAGUCCAUCAGUUCAUCUUCAACGUAAGCUAAUUAAAAUUUUAACCAUUGUAAUAAAAAAAAAGUUUAAAAAUCUACCAAAUACUAUCAGUUUGUAAAAAUUAUUUUUUAUUAUAACAACUGAGUAUCGUUAUCACUUAUUUAAAAUUUAAAAUAAAAUGGAAAAGUACAAACUUCAAUGUCAACUACGAUUUUUUUUAACAUUCAAAAGUCAACAACAUAAAUAAAAAUAAAAUA